AUGGCUUCUCGUGGUCAGAAGGAUGAAGCUCAGCCAGGGAAGAACGUCCCAGGUGAAGAGAGCAGUUUCUUCUACAGAUUUUGUCUGGUUGCCCGCUUGGGACCUGCCCACCGUUCCCCAAUCUCCAUGUACUUGGUGUGCUUCAACAUCUCCCACGCUUCGCAUCCCUCUUUGCGUGGGAAGAAGGAAGAAUGUCUUACCAUGGCUGAGCAGCUGGGAAGUCUGGAAAACAGCCUGGCUAAGCGGCCGAGGGACGGGGACGGCAGGCAGGAGCCUGGGAAGCAGGAAGAGAAUGGACACGAGGUCAAAAGGUUCAAGGACAAUGAGGAAGAGGAGGUCAAGGACGAGGCAAAGAAAUUCCCGAAGAAGAAAGUUGCGCUGUUGCUGGUGUAUUGUGGGAAGGGCUACCAUGGAAUGCAGCGCAACGUGAAAUCGUCCCAGUACAGGACAAUUGAGGAUGACCUAGUAUCAGCCCUCAUCAAAUCCGGAUGUAUUCCAGAAAAUCACGGAGAAGACAUGAAGAAAAUGUCGUUUCAGAGGUGUGCCAGGACCGAUAAGGGCGUGUCUGCAGCUGGACAGAUCGUUUCCUUGAAGGUCUGGCUGAUCGAAGAUAUUUUACAGAAGAUUAACGAGCAUCUUCCUUCUCAUAUAAGAAUUUUAGGGCUCAAAAGGGUGACCGGGAAAUUCAAUUCCAAGAACAGAUGUGAUGCCCGGACCUAUUCGUACAUGCUGCCAACGUUCGCCUUUGCCCACAAGGAUGAUGCUCCUCAAGAUGAAACCUACCGCUUGAGUGCCGAGACGUUGGAGGCCGUCAACCACCUCCUGGCUUGCUACAAAGGCACCCACAACUUCCAUAACUUCACCUCCCAGAAGGGCCCCAAGGAUCCCAGCGCCAAACGCUACAUCAUGGAGAUGUUUUGCGAAGAGCCCUUCGUCAGGAACGGGAUGGAGUUUGCGGUGGUGAAGGUGAAAGGACAGAGUUUCAUGAUGCACCAGAUCCGCAAAAUGAUCGGCUUGGUGAUCGCCAUUGUGAAGGGCCACGCCACCCUGUCCAUCCUGGAGCAGAGCUGGGGAGAGGAGAGAGUGGACAUCCCCAAAGCUCCUGGACUGGGUCUGAUUUUGGAACGGGUUCACUUCGAGAGCUACAAUCAACGGUUUGGGGACGAUGGUCUCCAUGAAGCCCUGGAGUGGGCAGAAGAAGAGGAGAAGAUCGCGGCUUUCAAAGAGCAGCACAUCUACCCCACCAUUAUCAAUACAGAGAAGGAAGAAAGGUCCAUGAUGAACUGGCUGGAGACGCUCUUCAACCAUCAGUUUGAUUCCACCGUCUCAAAGUUGCAGGAAGACGCCCGAGAUGCUAAGUCUGAUCCUGAAGGGAGCGACGGAUGUGAAGACAACUCCGAUUGAGGAUUUCAGGCACAUUUUGGUACCAUGGAUUCAAGUCCCUUUGGCCAGAAGAUCAAGCUUUUCUCAGUGAUGAAUGUUCCUUAGUCUUGAACAGAGAUGGACAAAAGUGAUGCUUUUUCUGCCCUCUUUGCAGCAACGGAACGGGAGACAUGCUAGCUAGAACAAACACUGCUUUAAUUAUGCUCUAUACAAAUAUUUCCUUUUUUUUAAAAAAAAAAAAGAAGUUUGCUAAAUUAUGGUUAAAAUGGAGAAAAAUAAUUAUCGAGACUCUUACGGAUAAGUGCAAGCUGUUAAGGAUGCUGUUCCCUUUUGAUUUUUCCAAGCAGCCAACAUUAAUUAUUCCUUUGGAAAGCUUUCUGUCAUUAUUGGUUCAGCCAAGUAAUAAGGACUUUGGAAACUCUUUCUUCCUUUUGCAACAACAAUGUAUUUUUACUUUUAUUUUUUAUUUCCACUUUCUCAUAGACCAAAUAAUGUGGUGGUUGAAACAAACUCUGGGUUGGAACAUCUGUGUUUCAUCUCCAUUUUUUAGAAAACUGACUAUUUCAGGGGUUUUUUUUAAUGCUCCUUUUGAAAAAAAAUAAUAAUAAAGGCUUCUUAUGACACAAGGUACAAAGGUUUUUUUUUAAAAAAAAUAUUUCUAAUCUAGGUUGCAUAUAAUGCUGAUACAGUUUGAUCUGGGGGGAGGUUAGAGAACAUUCUAAGCUUUGGAAGCCAUCAAGAAAAACAUAUCAGAAUGUAGUUGUGUGGCUUACUAGUUGCUGUAUUUAUUUAGUGACGAUUCAGUUACAACGGUACUGAAAAAAGUGACUUAAUAGUUGCAAGUCAAGGAUGAGUAUAUGGAUCAUUAUGAAUUCCCUAAUAAAAAU